AUGGACAGUGAUACAGAGAAGAGCAUAAAGCACUACAGCAGCUCUCAUAAAAUACUUCUGGUCGGAGAAGGCGAUUUCUCCUUCUCCGCUUGCUUGGCCACCGCCUUUGCCUCUGCCUCCAACAUUGUUGCUACUUCUCUCGACUCUCCAGAUGAACUGGUAAUGAAAUAUACACAUGCGAAUAGAAACCUGAAAAUUUUGGAGGAGUUGGGUGGCAGAGUGUUGCAUAAAGUGGAUGCAACAACAAUGAGUCAACAUCCACUUCUUUACGACAUGUUGUUUGAUCGUAUAGUCUUCAACUUUCCACAUGCUGGGUUUCUUUAUGGAGAAUGUAACACUGCACAAAUAGAACUCCAUCGAGAUUUAGUGAGGGGUUUUUUGAGGAAUGCGAAGAGAAUGAUAAGUAAAGAUGGCGAAAUUCACAUCACCCACAAGACAUCACAUCCUUUCAGUAAAUGGGAGAUUGUGAAGUUAGCAAGUGGUGAAGGACUUGCUUUGAAAGAAAGUGCAGAAUUUUAUGCAUGGCAAUAUCCAAAUUAUGAGAAUAAGAGAGGGGAUGGGUGGAAUAGCAAUGGAACCUUCCCCGUUGGAGCAUGCAGCACCUUUAAAUUUUUUCAAUCUUAA